AUGCGAUACCGGAGUGUCUGGUUCCGAGUGCGAUGGAAGGGCUAUGACCCGUCUCAUGACCAGUGGGUCAAGCACUCAGAUGUGUUUGCUGACGAUGCAGUGGCAGCAUUUUACCGCAAAUACCCUGGGAAGCCACGUGUCAUCGCAGCGGCCGUAUUUGACUCGCUGCCCUUCAGGGACUCGUCAACCCCCAACCGUGCCUUGUGUCGAGGCGCCGCAAUCAAGAGGGGGGGUGAUGUCAGGGGAACCCCUGCUUUCGUCCGAUCAUCCUGGGAUCUUGCAUGUGACCGUGCACGCGCCAUCUGUCAGGCGUCACAUGCUUCGGUCCGGACUUCCCUGCCAAGCGCAUCCACAUGA